AUGCAUUCCUCUCCCGCCACUCUACUGGUCGCCCUGCCGAGCCUCUCCAGCGCCCUUGUCCCUCGCUGGCACCAGAGUGGCAGUUUCCAAGUCGACGUGAGCAAGGUGAUCUCGACCACCAACAUUCCUACCAAUGAGCUCAUCAAAUCAGGAGCCAAGCAAAUCUACGUCGACGUGACCUCGCCCAACACCAUCGACGCAGUGGCUUACGUGAAUCCCGACUCCUCGGUGGUCUUCGACGUCACCGGCCACUCUCCCAGCGACGCCGAGGAUAUCACUAUAGCAGUCCAGGGACAACAGCCUCUUUAUUAUAGUUUUGCCGACUACUACCUCAAGAACAGCAGCGACAUCACGCGGUCUGGGAGUGCUCUGAUGUACAAUGGACUCGUCAUUUUCGCUAUUGCAAACGAGGGCGAAGCCCUUGUUCACCUUGUGCCGUAG